ACAUUUCAGCCGUUGGCGGGAUCGGGGCCGUAUGUCAUCAUAGCAGCCGCGACUUUUGUUUGUUUGUCCUACAUCAAAACUAUUCUUUCCUUCACUAAAUUGCUUCGGUAUCCUUCAAACAAACAUCGCGACUGCCUUUCAGUUCAGUCCUUUGAGUUGGCCAGCAUCACUGGAAGCGUGGCCGUCAAAACCACGAGGGCACUGCAGACUUCAAUACCCGUUCUCAAUCACCACCGUCAUCGAUGAAUAGUGGCUAGACUGCCUCUGAACAACUACCUGAGACUCGACAUCACAUCUCGCUCUCUGUCAAACAAGACCUGUCUCUCGCCAACAGUCCAGUCUCGCUCAAAGGAUCUCAAAAACAUCACCACCGAGCUACACCAAACCACUCAUCAAGCGCUUCCUCACAACCACCUGACCGACUUCAACUUCAGCAACCACCAAGACCAAGUCAACAAAACUACCAACCACCACCAAAAUGUCCACCUCAACCACCGCCACCGGCAGCCACCCUCACAACCGCCAACCCUCCCCCUCCACCCCACCCCCCUGGCUCUCCCCCUUCCUCUCGCACCUGACCUCCCUCCCGCCCUCCUCUCGCUCCUUCACCCUCUCCACUCUCCACCCUUUACCACCCACCUUCUCCUCCACCAGCACACCCACGCCCUUCUCCUCCACCGUGCCCGUCCUUCCUCGAGCGCGAACAUGCAUCUACCGCGGUCUCUGGGCGCAGCUUCCCGCCAGCGACAAGAACCCGGCUGAACUGAACCCUUCGGUGUACGAAAGCGACCUGCUCACCUUCACGACGGAUGCCAGGAUGGAAAAGAGCGCGGAGAUCGUUGAUACCGCUCCUGCAAAGGAGAUUGAGGAAGGGGGAGGGAUGACGGGAGGGGGAGGACCGGUUGAGGCUGUGUUUUGGAUCGAGUCUGUUAAGGACCAUGAGUAUCCAUCAAACAAAAAAGAGAAGAAAGUGAUGACGCAGUGGCGCAUUCGCGGGUCGGCGUGGUUGUUAGGUCCUGAUGCCGACAGCGAAGGAGCGGCGAAAAUAAGGGAGGUUUUGCGGCAGAGGAUGAGGAGGGUUCCCGGCAAACAGAAAGAAGAUGAGGAGGGGUGGAGCUGGAGUAGGGAGGUGACGGCGCACUUUGGGAACCUGAGUCCGGUGAUGAGGGGGACAUUCAAAGGGCCGCCGCCGGGGCAGCCGGUGGCGUUCCCACCCGGAAAGGGGGAGGAGCUGGGGCAGGAGGUGGAGGAUUUGCAGGAUGCGGUAGCAAGAAAAAAUUUUAGGGUGGUGGUGAUUGUGCCGACCGAGGUGGACCAGGUCGAUUUGUCGGAUGCGAGGAGGCCGAGAAGGUGGCUGUAUUUGUGGAGGGGGAACAGUUAUCAGUCGAAGGAGGCGGGCGGGGAGGUGGAAGGGGAGUGGGAGAAGGUUGAGGUUUGGCCUUAGGUGGGGGGAGAGUGCGGUUCGUGACUUGACCAAGCUUACGGGUGUGUUAUCACCAGAGGAAGUUGGACGUUAUUGAAGGAAGGAAUGAUGAAUAGUCAACUUGCCAUUUAAGAACGAAUUACAGCGUGAGAGAGACCAAGUGUCUAAAGUUGAUGAGAGAGGCCGCGCGGCUGGUUCGGUUUC